UGAUGCACACCCGGAAACGGCACUCGGAACUCUACCACGAACUCAACCAGAAGUUCCACACUUUUGACCGCUACCGUAGCCAGUCCUCAGGCAAGGAGAAACCCAGCCCUGGGGAACGCCCUGGCCUGUCUCAGCACAGGAGGCAUCAGAGCUGGAGCACCUUCAAAUCCAUGACACUGGGCUCACUGCCCCCCAAGCCCCGAGAACGGCUGGCCCUGCACCGGACAGCAGCCUGGGAGCCCACAGAACCUCCAGACGGUGACUUCCAGACAGAGGUGUGAGUGCCACACCGGACUGCCCACUGCACAGAAAUAUAUAUCUAUUUUCACACUCCACUUUGGAACUACCAGGAGCCAGCGCCCCUCCCCCUCCCGAGGCUGGGCAGGAGGUGCAGAGGACUCAGCCUGGCUGGGGGCAGCCAGACUGGC